AUGGACGCAAUGGAGAUGGAUCUUGAUGUCGAAAUGGACACAGAGUUUGUUCCCGACCAACCAAUUGCCGCCGACGCGCAAGAUACGCCUUCGCCCGGCGAGGUUGUUGAGAACGACAUUCAAGACCAACCCCAAUCCAAUGCCGUCAUACCAAACAAGGUCCAUCUCACCGGUGGGCUGGACAACUUGAAUGACAAAGAGGUCAGGGCCUAUGUCAAGGAGCACACAGAUGUUCAAUUCGAGCGGCUCGAAUGGAUAGAUGACAAUAACCUAAACGUGGUGUUUCCCUCGGACUCGGUAGCACAGGACGCUCUUCUCGCACUUGCAUCCGUUGAGAUUGGGGAUGUUUCGCUACUUCCUGCCCUGGAGCUGUUGCCCGCCAAGCCAUUUUCGCAAAAGGCUGGUAUCAGCUUGCAGGUAAGACUGGCUGUUGAGGCCGACAAGAAACAACCUCACGCCGCAGAAAAGAGUCGCUUCUAUCUGCUCAACCCGGAAUGGGACCGCGAAAAUCGCAUGAAGAGAUAUCGCGAUCGGGAUGGUGAACGAGGAGGGCGACGAAGAGGCAGGCGCGAGGAUGAGCCGAUCUCACAUUUCGAUGUCAACCUCUACGAUGACGAUGCUGGUGCUCUAGCCACGCGAGAGACUGCCCCACGAUCCCGUCGGCGUCGAUCUUACACACCUGAUUACGACCGCGACGACGACCGGGCGCCGUCCUACAGAAGCUCAAAUCACAACAAGGAAUUGUUCCCUGAUUCCGGCUCUGCAAGGGACCGCUCAGCCUCCCCCGGGCGACGUGAUCGGGAUCGAGAUCAGCGCAUGGAUGAGACACCUCCUAGUGAAUCUUCAGCCCAGCGCAAUCGCCGUGGCGCCAGAGCCAUCAAGGACCGUCUGGUGAGCAGCAAUCGCGCCAAGGAGUUGUUCCCGAGCUCGGCACCACUGGAGGAGAGCAAUCGCUUAGAUGACGCAGACGAACUCUCGAACCGCUUUGCGCUCCCUCUCUACGACGGCAGCCAUGAUGAGCAGCCUGUGUCUCGAAGCAAGAGGGUUGGCGAGCGGAACCCGGCUGCAAGCAGCGGCCGCUUGGCAGACCGCGUCACAGAUCCCACCGACUCAUCUGGAUUCAGCAUACGUGGAUCAGCAGGGCAACGAGGCGCCGACCAGGGCUUUGCAAUCAAGGGCGGUGCCAAGAGCGCCCGAGAAUUAUUCCCUGAUAAGUUGGGAGGAAGCAAUGCAGGCAAAGAAUUAUUUGCAAAUAGGGUCGACGGCAGGUCGCGGCGCAGGCAGAAGGCAGGCGAUUUGUUCGACUAG